AUGUUUAUAGGCUCUCUUGCCUUCCUUCCCAGGAAGCGCAGUGCCAGACAUAGGGGGAAGGUUAAGAGCUUCCCCAAAGAUGACCCCAAGAAGCCUGUCCACCUCACGGCUGCCAUGGGCUACAAGGCUGGCAUGACCACUGUUGUCCGUGAUCUCGAGCGUCCUGGUGCCAAGAUGCACAAGAAGGAGAUCGUUGAGGCUGUUACCAUUGUUGAGACCCCUCCGAUGAUCGCUGUUGGUGUUGUUGGAUACAUCGAGACUCCCCGUGGUCUCCGAUCUCUCACUACCGUCUGGGCCGAACACUUGAGCGAUGAGGUCAAGAGACGCUUCUACAAGAACUGGUAUAAGAGUAAGAAGAAGGCCUUCACUAAAUACGCCAAGAACCACUCUGAAAACACCGGUGCCUCCGUCUCUCGCGAACUCGAACGGAUCAAGAAAUACUGCACCGUUGUCCGUCUCCUUGCCCACACUCAAAUCCGCAAGACCCCCCUUAAGCAGAAGAAGGCUCAUCUUAUGGAAGUCCAAGUCAACGGUGGCAGCAUUGCGGACAAGGUGGACUUCGCUCACGGUCUGUUUGAGAAACCCAUCCAGAUCGACAGCGUGUUUGAGCAGGAUGAGAUGAUAGACGUUAUUGCAGUUACCAAGGGUCAUGGAUUCAAUGGCGUCACCAGCAGAUGGGGAACCAAAAAGCUUCCUCGUAAGACACACAAGGGUCUCCGAAAGGUUGCCUGCAUUGGUGCCUGGCAUCCAUCUCACGUCCAGUGGACUGUUGCUCGUGCGGGUCAAGAUGGUUAUCACCACCGAACAUCGUGCAACCACAAAAUCUACCGCAUUGGCAAAGGCUCAGAUGAGGGCAAUGCCUCGACUGAAUUUGACGUCUCGAAGAAACAGAUCACACCAAUGGGCGGUUUCGUCCGAUACGGCGAGGUCAAGAAUGACUACGUCAUGCUCAAGGGCUCCGUCCCAGGUGUCAAGAAGCGGGUUCUCACUCUGCGGAAGACACUCUACCCACAGGUGAGCCGUAAGGCGUUGGAGAAGGUCGAGUUGAAAUGGAUCGAUACCUCGUCGAAAUUCGGACACGGAGCAUUCCAGACCCCAGCAGAGAAGCGGGCGUUCAUGGGCACCCUCAAGAAGGAUCUCGUUACUGCUGCAUGA